AUGGCCAGUAAUUGGAGUAAUUGUGGUAUCUGUGAUUUUUGUCAGAUUACCAAGCCAUCAGAAGUAUGGUGUUCCGAAUGUGAUGAAGGACUAUGCGGAGAUUGCAACGAACAUCAAAAGAAUGUAAGGCGAAUACGUACUAACCGAGAAUACAACUUAAAAUCACUGGAAAUUGAGAGAGGAGAAAUCGAAGCAGAAAUCAAACAAACAAGAAUAAAGUUAACCAAUCAUCUAGAUAAACUUCAAGAUGAAGCAAUGAAAGAAUUAAUGAGAGCUGAACAAACCCAAAGCGAGAACCUACAAAAGUUACUGACUACUUUAAAAGCUAAGGAAACAGAGAUAGCAGAAUACCAAACAAACAUUGGUAAUUUUAAACAGCAUGCAUCCGACCUUCAAACCUUCUUGGCCAUUAAACAUAUCGAAAAGGAUUUAAAGGUAAAAAAAAAAAGCAUACAGUCAAUUACUGAAAGUGUCAUCACUAAUCAGGUUAAUAUUUCAUGCCAACUUAACAAGUCUUUACAACAAAUCACAGAGAACAAUUCGAAGUUUGCAGAAAUUAGUAUCAGAUCUGUUCGAUGUGAUUUGUUUAUUCAGAAACAGAAGGAAAGACAAGCCCAGAUUAUGGUAGCUCUUCCAGCCAGAAAUAUCGAUAAUCUGGCUUUGACAUUACAGAAACGCAUCAGAACAAAAUUGACAAAUGUCACUGGUUGUUAUAAGCUGCGAGAUGAAAGGAUGAUAUUCUCCUGCAAUACCCCCCAAAAGAUAAGCAUAUUUAAUUCUGACGGUUCGGAAGAUUUUAAAAUAAAUUAUAUUGAUGAAACGGGUGAUGCAGUAUUCAUUGGUGAUGAUUCUCUUGCUGUGACAACCGACGAUUCAAAUACGAUAAAUAUAAUUGACUUAAAGAAGCAAAAACUGAAAAAAUCAAUAAGAGUAAAUUCAAACACUGGUGGAGUAGUAUACAAAGACGGACAUUUGAUUUAUUGUGCCAGGGAGAAAGGACUGAAGAUGAUCAGUCUGAGUGAUGAAUCCAUUACCAAUGUUAGCAAUAACAAAAUUACGCACUGUUCGUACGUUGCAACAUUCGGUGACAAACUGCUCUACACAAACUGUAACGAUCACAGUGUAACAUGUUGUGAUUACCAUGGUUAUAUUCUUUGGACCUUCUGUGAUAAGAGUGUUUUGGAGUAUCCAGUCGGUAUCUCUGUAGACAGUGAUGGUAACGUGUUUGUAGCGGGACAAUAUACUCACAAUAUAGUCGUCAUCUCUCCUGAUGGAAAACGCUGUAGACAACUUUUAUCACGUGAAGAUGGACUGAAGGGACCACAGGUUCUGCACUAUGACACAUCUACCAAUACAUUGUUGGUGGCAAAUCAAUAUAAUAACGCAUUCUUAUAUGAAUUGAAAUGA